AUGAGCUACCCUAAGAAGUCAAAGAGUCCUGGUCCUUUUCCUGCAAGCCACAAGCCUAGCUCAAAGAACAGUCCCUCAACCUCCACAUCAGGAUCAGCAGAGAAGUAUAAGGACUAUGCUGCCGUCAUAAUAGACACAGGCACUGGCUAUACCAAGAGUGGGCUUGCUGGGGAUGAGAAACCAAGAUCCAUUGUACCAAGUAUAGUGGGGGUGCCCAGGUACAAGACCAAGGACAGCCCUUUGUACUACAUUGGAAACAACAUUCCACAGAAGAAAGCGGAGGUAAGUACACAUGUGGUGAUGACCCAUGGUGUAGUGACAGACUGGGAUGCCCUAGAGAUGCUGUGGCACCAUGUCUUCUAUACAGAGCUCAGAGUGUGCCCUGAAGAACUGGCUGUGCUGGUCACAGAUGCCCCCAUGUCCCCAACCACCAAUCGGGAGAAAAUGGCCGAGCUACUCUUUGAGAACUUUGAGGUGCCAGCCAUGUUUGUUGCUCACCAGUCCCUUCUGUCAGUCUACUCCUAUGGGCGCACAGGUGGGCUAGUGAUUGGCUCUGGAUAUGGGACAUCCUACACUGCUCCUGUCCAUGAUGGAUACAUCUUGCCUCAUGCUACCUACCGACUUGAUAUAGCUGGCAAUGCCCUGACAGAAUAUCUGGCCAAGCUGAUGGGAGAAAGUGGAAAUCCUUUUCAAAAGAAUGAGAUGGAUGUAGUGUGUCAGAUCAAGGAGAAAUGUUGUUAUAUCCCUGAGGAUUAUGAGUCUGAACUGAAUGCAGAUGAGAAAAAAUACCUCAUGGACUACACCCUACCUGACAAGCAAGUCAUUUCCAUUAGCAAUGAACGCUUUCGCUGCACGGAAGUCCUCUUUAAUCCCACCAUGCUAGGCUUCCCAGAGGUGGGGCUUCAUGUUCAAGCCAUGAAUAGUAUCAAGAAAUGUAAGCCAGAGAGACAAGCCAAUCUGCUUUCUAAUGUGCUGCUGGCCGGUGGCACGACCAUGCUCCGUGGCUUCUCUGAAAGAAUUAAAAAGGAGGUUCAAAAGAUGGAGCCAACAAGCAAAGUGGGCAUCCUGGCUUCCCCCAACCGAAUAUUUUCUGCGUGGCUGGGUGGCUCCAUCGUAGCCUCACUCAACUCCUUCCAGAAUAUCUGGAUCAACCGUCAGGCCUACAAUGAAAAGGGGCCUUUCGUUGUUCACCGGCAUUGCUUCUGA